CUAGGUAGGCAGCUCGCAGUGUUUUGAAACGCAGCCGGUGUUUGAGCAUGUGCCGUUGCUGCUGCAGUGGAGUAAAAUAUGUCAGUUAUCACCGGACAGCAGCGAGAGGACAGAGAGAGCCGGCUACAGAUGCACUCUGAGAGUCAACCGGUACAAUUUUCUGUUUAAUUCUCAUGUUUAACAUCAAAAAUGAGGCCCGGCUCUUCUACAUCUACAGCGGCGGAAGAAUAAUAAGUACAUGAGUACCUCAUCAGCACUGGCAUUGGCAGCAAAGCUCAGAAGUACCGCUCUUCUUGGACUCUGACAGACGGUGUGGAGUGUGGACCGUAAGACUGCCAGACAGCAGCCUGUUAACUCCACACACCAAGCUAAAAGGAAGAUGGUCAUCAUGGCAACCACAGUGACCCCUGAGCCCCUUACAGCCCUCUCUCGGUGGUACCUGUACGCCAUCCACGGUUACUUCUGUGAAGUCAUGUUCACGGCCGCCUGGGAGUUUGUGGUGAACUGCAACUGGAAGUUUCCCGGCGUGACGAGUGUAUGGGCGCUCUUCAUCUACGGAACUUGCAUCUUGAUCGUAGAGCGCAUGUACCUGUGUCUGCGAGACCGCUGCAAUGUUCUGCUCCGCUGCAUCAUUUACACAUUAUGGACAUACCUGUGGGAGUUUGGCACGGGGUUGCUGCUACGGCAGUUCAACGCCUGUCCGUGGGACUACUCCGAGUUUAAAUAUAACUUCAUGGGCCUGAUCACAGCAGAGUACGCUGUGCCUUGGUUCUGCGCCUCCUUUAUCGUAGAGCGCCUAGUGAUUCGCAACACGCUCCGGUUGCGAUUCGACGAGGCUGCAGAUCCAGGCCAGGCUGAAGAACGGUCGGACAGAGGCGGUGGAGGACGAGGAGGCGGAGGGCGAAGAGCACGAGGGGCCAGAGCAGGGCCCUCUAGCGCAAACGGCUACGUGAAGGUGGAUUGAAGAUGCUGUCAACACCUUUCCCCAUCUCAAAGCUCCCGUCACCCAUGACUCUAUCCGCACAUCUCUCAGUCUCUCUCCCAACGGCUUCCAGGGAAAGAGUCGCUCGGACACAGCUGGUGCAGCUCCAGCUGUGUGGAAAUUUAUGAUUUAUCGUCCAGCUUGCGUUCUUCGCUCAUGUGGAGGGACGUUCAUUUGCCACCUCAGCGCUCAACGAUUACUGCCCUCGCUUGGGGCGAGUAGCCGUUAAGUUCAAGGUUUGUCAGUAGGAGUGGUGCCUGAUGGCAAAAUGAGAAUUAACCCUCCACCUCUACCACCACACUGUACCUCCCAAACCAGUCCAUCCACUCCAACACUCUGGGAGGGGACAAGUUGACUUGUGUUCCCUCGUCCAAAAGAAACAGGAACGCAAACACAUCAUGAAAAGAUAUAUAUCAAAUGCUUUUCAAAAAGCAAUUCCUUUUAGAAUAUAAACAGUGUCCAUGAUGUAUAUGUAGUAGCAAAGCAAAUAACUGUUAGGAUAGCUUACAUUUUGAAUGUUAGUUUGUCUUAUUUAUUAAUAUCUAAAAUGUAGUAUGGAAAUGUCAUGAUAAUAUAUUAAAAAUGUAUUAUGUAUAUAUUCUGUAUAACCUAAAGCAAUGCCUUGUACUUGAAUUUGGUGUUUUUUUACAAUCUUCAGAAAAAAAAAUCAGUGCUUGAACAUGCAUGAAAGUUGUCUUCCAGGAGAUUUUUUUUCUUUUUUUUUUU